AUGACCAUUGCCGUCACAUAUCGUGGAGCAGAGAAGCAGGUCGGCUCGCCUCUCCGGAGAGCUGCGACGCCGCCGGGAGGAGCAUCGAAGGCGCUCGGCGCAGCGGACGAGGCGAAAAGCAGAGCUGCAGCAGGAGGCGGAGCAUCAGGAGGAGCUCCUCAGCCGUGCGACCGAAGCCGCGCAGAGCGAGCGAGCUGCCGCGGCGCGUCUGUCCGAGGAGCUCAGGCGCAACAGCCUCCGGAUGCUGCGGCCAUCGCCGCAGCAGUGGAGGCGUUUCGAGUUCUUCGAACGGAUGCCAGCGGACAUCUUCGCAGUCAGCUGCAGUCGCUUUUGGCCGAGGUUGCCAGGCUCCAGCAGCGUUUCGCCAGCCAGGCAGAGACCAUUGAGGAGGCCUCCCGGGAGUCCGAGCAGCGAAGCCUCGCGGCUGCAGAGUCCGAGGCUGCCUCGGAGACCUUGGCCCUGGAGGGCGAGGUGCGGGCAGCCCGGGCCCACGUGGUGGCUGCCGAGCUCGCCGAGGAGUCCGCAGCGAGAUCUGCGCAGCAGAGGACUGAUCUCCUGAAGCGCCGAGUGGCCCAGGGCCACGCCGAGCUCGCCGCAGCGCAGCAGGACAAACGUCGGGUGGAGGCUGAGUGCGAAUCUGUUGCGAAGCAGGAAGAGCUCAGCCUCAGCGCCCUCCACCAGGCCGAGCAGCGCUUGCGAGACGCUGAAGAGAGCCAGGCCUCGGAGCUGGACGCCAUGCGUGCAGAGCGCUCACAGGCCCUGAGGAGCCACGAGGAGCAGCUGGAGGGUUUGCGCAGGCGCCGCGAUGCCACAGAGCAAGAGCGCAGCUUGCUGCAGCAUUCCAUCAGCAGCAUCGCUAAUGUCGGGGAGGAUGUCGACGUCAGUGUGUCGAGACAUGCGUCUCCUGCGGGCAACACUGCGGAGCAGACAUCUACACCAUAG